GUCCUAGUGGGAAAUUCUAUUGCCGAAAUGCAGGACAUACUCCACUUUCUAUAUUUUCUUCCCGGGUUAAUGAUGGGAUAUGUGAGCAAGUUACGAGAUGGAUGGGAUGCUGGCAACAGUUUUCUAGCAACUGCAGCAGCAAGAAGUGCCUAAAUUUCAGUUGAAGUAUGGGUUGAUUCGAAGGAAAGAAAAACUUGUCAUAGGACCUGAUUCAAGUCUAAAAUUAUUGCCUGGCAGCAUGCAUCUCCGGGAGUGGCCAUUCAGGAAGGGAUAUCACAAGGAGAGUAAAGAGUAUGUUUUGAUGGAAAAGAUUAAGCAGGGAUGUAAGGAGGUUUGUAAGGAAUUGUCAAGUAUGUCAAGCGGCAAAGAAUGAAACAAAGGCAAAACCUGGGUUGUUACAAAUGUUAUGUGUUCUUGAGGAGGUUUGGGUGGAUGUUUCGAUGGAUUUUAUUACAAGAUUACCAAAAUCUGCUAGAAGAAUUGUAAUUUUUGUGGUGGUGGAUCGGCUUAGCAAGUAUGCUCACUUCAGCCUUUUCUCAUCCGUUCACAACAAACGUGUUGCUCAAUCUUACUUGGACAAUGUAUUCAAGCUCCAUGGCUGGCCACCUAGAAGCAUUGUGAGUGAUAGGGAUCUAAUAUUCCUAAGUCAAUUCUGGAAAGGGCUCUUUUCAAUACAUGGAACUGAGUUCUUGAUGUCAUCUGCAUACCACCAGGAAACUAAUGGACAGACUGAAGUGACGAACAGGUGUCUUGAAACAUAUUUGAGAUGUAUGUGUGGUGAACACCGUAAACACUGGAAUUUAUGGUUGCCUUUAGCUGAAUGGUGGUACAAUACCCAUUUUCAUUCAACCACUCACAUUACACCCUCUGAGGUGGUAUACAACCAACCACCCCCCCUGCAUUUGCCUUGCUUAUCAGGAGAAUCAUCGAAUGAGGCGGUUUAUAUAAGCUUACAGAGAUGGGAGGAGAUGAUUACUCUGCUCAAAUUUCACUUGGUUAGAGCCCAGGCCAUAAUGAAAAGUCAAGCUGAUAAAAAGCGGUCAUGCAGAUCGUGUAAGGCGGGUGAUUGGGCGUGGCUAAAAUUACAAGCUUGCUGACAGCAAACCAUUCAACACAGGAGUAAUCGCGAGCUGGCUCCAAGGUUCUAUGGACCUUUUCAAGUGGUAGCAAUCAUUGGAAAGGUAGCUUAUAAGCUCAAACUUCCUUCAACAGCAAAAAUCCAUGAUGUAUUUCACGUAUCCCAGCUAAAAGCUUUUUAGGUACUCUUCCUAUUGCCACUCAUGUUCCUUCUUGGUUCCAAGAUGGACCUGUGACAAGUGAUGUUAGACCAGCUGCUAUACUGGACAGGAGAGUGAUUAAGUUCCAGAACAAGCCACAAGUUCAAUAUUUGGUUCAAUGGGAUGAAUUUUCUGCAACAGAAGCUACUUGGGAGGUGGCCAAUGACUUUGAAGAUCGAUUUCCUGAUUUCCAUGUCGACUUGAGGACAAGCCUUUUUGAAGGGGGAAACUAUGUUACAGGAGUUAGCGGAAGUAGUUGCGGGAGUCAACAGAGAUUGCUGUGAUGGAAGUGAUGAGUAUAAUGGUAAAAUCAAGUGCAAAAAUACCUGCUGGGAAGCUGGAAAGGUAGCACGAGAUAGAUUAACAAAAAAGAUUGCAACCUUUAAGGAGGGCGUCAUUAUAAGAAAGCAUGAAGUUGAACAAGCAAAAAUUUUAGCAGCAAAGGAUGAGGCAGAGUUAUCUAGGUUAAAGAAUGAGGAGAACAUUCUCAAGGGGCUUGUCCAGCAGCUUAAGGAGCGUAAGGAACAAAUAGAGAAGGCACAGGAGAAAGAACGUAUUCAGAAAGAAAAAGAGGAGAAGCAGAAAAAGGAAGCCGAAGAAGCAACAGUAAAGGAACAAAAAGGUGAAGAAAUAGUGAAUGUUCAGGAGCAAGAAUAUAAAGAAAGUAAGUCUGACGAUGAUGCAAGGAUUCACAAUCACCCUCCUUCGGGUCAGGAUCCAAACAAGGGCGCUGCUGACCCUGGGGUUAGUUUGGCACAUGAUGAUGACGACGACGAUGAUGACAAGGAUGCGUCUGUUCAUAAUAUAGAAGAGCAUGCUGAAAAGAACGAAGAAUCAUCUAAAGUUGCACAUGAACAUGAUCCUUCUCAUGGGUCUGGAAGUAAGGAAGAAGAUGCAUCUGAAAAUGCCGAGUCAUCAUCAAGGGAAGAGUUAGGUCGUGCCAUUGGUUCGCGUUGGACAGGGAAAAAAGCAGAGCAGUGGCAAGAUGAAGAUGCAGGUACUGCUAGGAACAAUGAUGAUAAUGAAUAUGAUGAGACAUCUGAUACUGCACAUGAGGAGGAAGACAGUGGGUAUGAUACGGAAACUGAGGAAGACCAUCAGCACCAUGAGGAGGAUGACAAUGAAGAUCAGAUGGAUGAUGUUGGAGGAGAUGAAGCUGAUGACGAUUCCAGUGAACACAAAUACGAAUCAGAUGAUGAAAUGGAAGAUAUGGAAGGCACAAGCCCAUCAUGGUUGGAGAAGAUUCAACAAACUGUCCGGGAUUUUCUACAGGCUGUUAACCCGUUUCAGACUCCUGUGGACACAUCUGAGUCUGAAAGUGUACGGAAAGAAUAUGAUGAUGCCAGUGGGAAGUUAUCUAAAAUACAAUCAAGAAUAUCAAGUUUAACGAAGAAGCUAGGACAUGACUUUGGACCAGAGAAGGAGUUCUAUUCAUUAUAUGGUCGAUGUUUUGAGAUAAAAGAGAACAAGUACGUUUACAAGGUCUGCCCUUUUAAGGAGGCCUCUCAGUUGGAGGGGCACAGCACAACUCAUUUAGGGCAUUGGGAUAAAUUUGAGGAGUCAUACAGAAUCAUGCUCUUUUCAACCGGUGACAAAUGCUGGAAUGGACCUUAUAGAAGUUUAACGGUCAGAUUAAGAUGUGGAUCAAAAGUUGAAGUUUCCGAUAUAGAUGAACCUAGCCGUUGCGAAUAUGCAGCGCUGUUAACUACUCCAGCCCUUUGCCUAGAAGAAAGACUCAAGGAACUAGAAGAUAAACUAGAAGCAAUGAACAAGGAACAACCCGAAGAACAUGACGAGCUUUGAUUCUUCUAGACUAUUUAUCACACCUCUUGCUUCAGAGUUAACAAAGAAGGGUGACCCAUUUGUCCUUUUAAUUUUUCCAAUUUUUGGAGUGAAGUUGCUAAAUAGGAUGAAUACAAGACUUCUUCCAUGAGAGGCUUAUUAUAACAAGGUAUUCCUUUUUCCAGAGCUAGAAAUUGGUAGUAGAUCCAAAACAAAGUUGUUAUAGUAACUUGUUGCUCAUGCAUUAAUCAAAAUUAUUAUUUAAGAAAACAUUUAAUGCAGAUGGAAUUGUUUUUGCAAUUGAGUUGGAAAGAUGCUCCUAAAAUUGUCUCUCU